AUGGCUGUCAGUCAGGCCGGCGUCAGGCUAUCCAUAUGGAUGGCCGUGUUUACCAGCCUUACCACGGCCGUGAUCGCCUUGCGCGCCUGGGCGAUCCAUCUAACCCGCAAGAGUCUCCAGCUCAGCGAUUAUCUACUGUUUGUCGCCUAUAUUGCGACAAACAUCAUGGUCGGCUUGAAUUACUGGGCGGUCGCGAAUGGAUUAGGCGCGCAUACCGCUACGCUGUCGGAAAGUCAACUCCAUGUGCAAUUCAAGAUGAUCGUCGGGAUUAGUAUGACGUGGCUUACGGGCACUGUCUGCUGCAAACUCUCGAUCCUCGCUCUGUAUACGAGUCUAUUUCGCACUUUCCGCCCCAUUCGCAUCCUCGUAUGGACCGUGAGCGGCCUCGUCGUCGCAUACUUUAUCGCCUUUCUACCCAUCUUCCUCACACAAUGUCAUCCCAUCUCCCAGCAGUGGGCUCCGGUCCCAGGAGGUGGAUGUCGGUCCUUGGCCAUCCAGGAGAUCGCUUCAAUCGCUCUGAACAUCUUUUUGGACACGACUAUCGCAUUGCUUCCAAUUCCCGCCCUCUGGCGACUCCGCAUGGCACUCCGCAACAAGCUCACGAUCGGCGUGAUGUUUGGAAUGGGCCUCGUCGUCGUGGCCGUCAUGAUCUGGCGUCUCGUCAUAACGCUCGACCCAAAUACAAACAAAGACUUUGUGUUUGGUCUCUACCAGAUCGGCCUCGUCAGUUUCCUCGAACUCUGGCUCAGUAUGAUCAUCGUCAGCCUGCCCGCGCUGGCCCCUCUGUUCCGCCAUUACAUCGAGCCUCUGUUCUCGCAGAAGCGACCGAGUGCCGGCAAUCUCCGCGAAGCCCAACAUACUAUAGGAAGCGAGCCUCGUAAGCGGGGGGAAUAUAUAUUCUCGGAUAUCGAGAUGGGAGGUGGGAAUUACUCGGCGCAUGUGAAAACCGGAAUGAGUUCCUCGCAGAGUGAGGGUGAAGAUACAAUUGGGCUGGUGCGAGAUAUGCAGCCCAAUGCGAUUGCGAUGAGACGGGAAGUUGUUGUGCAUGAGGAUCGCAACACUAGCCCGCUUUGA